CUGGAAUGCAAUUACUCAUCUACCAUUUUCACAUCCGUUCUCUGUAAUUAAAGAACAUGUGCUGCUUCCUGACGGACAUGCGCAUUGACAACAGGUGUGCACAGGUGAUUACAUGGAGAUGUUGGAUGUACGUGAUGUUGAUAAACAAUGCCCAGACACACACAGCAAUGGAUGCGAUAUGAAUGAUAUUCCAGCUGACCCCUAGUCUUAUUUAUUUUAUCGUAUGUGACGUCAUCAAGCUAGCACGGCAACUAUAUGGAUACUGUAGAAUCGUUGUGAAUACAUGUCACGUGAGGUUCAAAGUAAACAGGACAGUCUUAAGGUUACGUCUAUAAACCAAAGUAUCGAUGUCUUAUAAACAUCCCGCUUACCAGGAAUAUAUUGACGUCAUCGCUUGAUGCAUAAUUUUACAAGCGCCGCACUGACCAUGAACACUGUUUACAUCAUAUAAGAUGCCCUGCACCAAUAUGAAUGCUCACGCCAAUCGUGACUACCUGCUGGUUCUAACUUUUAUGACAGUUGUCAUCGCACUACACUCAUCAUUGUGUGAUGCGGAUUCGCCUAGUGAUUCACCUAGUCAAGUCUCCACGAUAGUCGUCUCUACAACAGCUAUAAGUCCGACCGCAACCAUUGGGAACGAAGCGUCAGGAUUGUCAACUUCCCACGAUUUUAGUUCUGAAAACAGUUCGACGUUUUAUUUUUCGUCGACUCUAACGCCUUCCGAACCAUCUAUUAGCGAUGUGACGACAACUGUAAUAUCAACAGCAUUGCCUUCAUCUGAAAAUACUUCAGUGAACACACCACUUGCCUCGAGUUCCCCAUCUUACUCUGUCGGAGAUUCGAAUUCGGCAGUAAAAACUAGCAUGGACUCUAGCGCUAUGACUAGUACAGAGUCCUUCUCUACCGAUACCCAUGAUUGGAGUUCGAAUACAUUAGACACAUCUGCCAUAUACUCUAGUGUUGUAAGUAGUACACAAUCCUCUGGCACCAUCACUAUGUCUGAAGGGAAUUCAAAUUCACAAGGCAUGACUUCCGCGAUGUCUAGUUACUUGCCGUCAAAUGUCGACACCGUCACCACUUCGAUGACGUCAAAAAUGAUAACAACGUCUGUUAUCAGUGUGACCACUUCAUUUACUGACACUGAGUUGAUUAAUUCCACUGCAGUAUUAGAAACACCUUCAUUAUCUUCGAUUAGUUCCACUGCAGUAUUAGAAACACCUUCAUUAUCUUCGAUUAGUUCCACUCCAGUAUUAGAAACAUCUUCAUUAUCUUCGAUUAGUUCCACUCCAGUAUUAGAAACACCUUCAUUAUCUUCGAUUAGUUCCACUCCAGUAUUAGAAAUAUCUUCAUUAUCUUCGAUUGGUGAUACAGAUGCAAGUAUAAAUGUAUCUGCAAGUGAUUUUACGAUGUCGGUCAAUACAACUGUAUCAUCACUGUCGUCAACCGAUGUUACCUUUUCUGCAAUUGUGCCGACAUCGUCAGCCCCACUGACAACGACAGCAAAUCCCACUUCGACACCAACCACUACGACUCCUUCUACUACGACGCAGGUCACUACAACUUCCAGAACUACUACAGCAGAAUAUGAGCCAGUAGAGGGAAACCACGCUACCGCCAUCUUUACGGUGACGUUUGAGCUUGUGUUUUACUGUACCAACUUUGAUAUAGAGAAGAUCCAGGCCUAUUUUGCCGAGACCGUAUUUUUGCUGCAGGGUGCUACGUUUAAGCCAACUACGAGUUGUUCCAGUACCAGAAGACGAAAAAGAGACACAAGCAACAAAACAAUAGCAUAUGAUAUCACAGCGAAAGUCCUUGCAAACAAAGUAGAAUCGUUCAUAAAUGAAACGGAGGUAGCACUUCUAGCUAUAAACGAGUCUAUCGGUAUAAAUGUUACUGUUGACAGCAUAGAAAGAUUCCGUGGAAGAGUUGAAAAACAAUCAUACGAUCUUUGUGAGGCUGACAACUUCUGUCCAUCGGCAUUUAAGUGUAAAGAGCCAAACACAACAACAUGUUACUUCUUGUGCGACAAAGAGACCUUUCCAUUUGACUGUGAAAACGGUGAAUGCUAUGUGGAAGUUGAAUACACAACCAAAUAUCAUACGAGAAAAUGCAGAUGCGACAUUGACGAGUUCUACCAAUACGAAGGUGAAAAGUGCGACACGAAAAAGAUGACUUGGCAGAUGAUCCUGGCCAUUGCCGGGGGCUGUGCAGCGGCGAUUAUUGUCAUCCUUAUCUUCAUCAUUAUUAUCACGUGCAUGCGAAAGAAACGACGGAAUAAUGGCUAUAAAUAUUCAAAUGGCAGCGAGUUGAACUACACAGACCUCCAUAACAGGUCUACAACCAGAAUUUAUCAGGGACUGCGGCCUUCAACUGACAGAACGAACACUGGAAAUGCACAGGGAUAUGAAAAUAAGGCGUAUGAUUACAGAGACUACAUUGAAGUGGACAAUGAUUUGCACUACCGUUCUGCUGCCAACGGCUCACGUCCUACUAACGGCUCACGUGCAAUGAACGAGACGCAAAACAGGGACUGGAAUCCAGAGGAGAGUGCUGAUGUAUACGCUAAAUUAAACACGCGUUUUGACGAUGUAAACUACCAGUAUAACAUCAAACGAGCCCAGCUUCGGACGUCUGUCAACGACACCGAUGUCCGAACCGGCUUUUGAGGAGUUAUCGCCCCUCUCACCAGAAAUGAUGCUUAUCAGAGUGGUUUUGUUUGAUUAUAUAUAUUAUCCGGAAAACUAUUUUUAUAAACGUGUAUAAAUUAAAUUAAGUCAUUUUAGUGGAAAAUAUCAUUCAAUGUUAAUUGUGUUUAAACAGACAUUUUACGGUAUGACUUAUUAUAUUUGUCUAAGGUGAUGAAUUGUCUACACGCAAUCAAAAAUGUGUUCAUUAUAUGUAUUUUCCGUGUCUUGUUCUCAGAGAGUGGUGUGAUCAUAGCAUAUAAGUAUACAGAGUAUACUACAAGUUCUGUAGUGCACGACAGUAUGAAUAAUCAUUAGACUCGGUGAUGUUUAGUCUGUGGUAAAUUGGCUUAAACCAAGGGAAAGUUAAUUCGGAAUUAAGUGGAUUUUUCUUCAAGAACAGAUAUGAUUUAACUCAACAUAUUCACUAAUAAUUGAUGAAAUGUGUCAUUGUUUAGGCAUUAUAUAUGUAUACCACAAGGUCGGAAUAUAUUUAUCCUGGUGUGACAGUAGAGCACUGGACUAACACAGCCCCAGGUAUUAUUCCAAAGUAUGCAGUUCCAUCCCUACCCAGGGAGGUGUGAACUUCUAAUGUAGCUGAAAUCACUGGCUUGAAACUUUAUUCCAUUUCCUCUGGUACCUCACAAGGAGCUUCCUUUAUUCCAAGUGCUAGCAAUCAUCUACUACAAGGAGCUCGUUUAUUGAGAUAACUCGUGCUUGACACCAUAGCAUGGUUCACAACGGCUGAAAAGGUGUUACAUAAUGUCUAUAUAUCCAAUUGUGUAAUGACAAGACGUCAGGGCUAUGUUAAGACUUGUAUUAAUGUAAAUACGAUUACAACACAGAGUUAUCCAAAUACAUAUAUUAUUAAGUUUAUCCAUAAAGGGUAAGAUAUGAUCUGACUCGUGAAAUUUAUAAUUUGUAAUGAAAGAGUAUCUCAAUACUUCUUGUGUCUCAUUGUAUCAGCUGUCAAAUCUCUAAAAAAAAUAUAUAUAUUUUGUUUUUCAAAUGCAAAUAUGACUUUGUUUCUAAGUUUUAAGAUUAUUUGUAUAUGUGUGUUCAAUACAUUUGUACAGUUUUUUCAACUGGACCCAUCAUGCCAUAACGAACCUCUUAGUCCCAUUAUUAUCUGAGCACAGAUGUCGACACUCCACUAUCCCUUGCCGUCCUGCCUGAACGGUAUAUAUUAGCAUAAAAGAUGUAUAUUAUUAUGUGUCAAAUCAUUCGAAUAUAUUACGAUAUUCGUGAGAAAUAGGAACGUUUUGUAAAUGAAAUCUCAGUAAAUCACGUGAUUACGAAAUAGUUUAUGCUGAAAAUAUAUCUAGAAGAUGGUAACUAUUACAGCCGAUUGUGUGUUGUAGUUCUUACAAGUUUUCAUGUAAAACAUGCCUUGUUCAUGUUUACGUUGUACAAUGAUUUUAUUCCCCCUCCAGAAGCUUCUACUUUUUCAUGAAUCUCGCAAGAUUUGGAUUUUUAAUUACUUUACAUGUUAAUGGGAUUGUGAAACUUAUAUUGGUCAACUUAAACUGAAGUCAAUGCAAGAAUAUUGAGAAUUUUUAUAUGUCAGACGUUUUGAAAGCUGUAAUAAGUUCCAAUUGUCAAAAUCAAAUAAAUCACAUUUAAUUAUAUAUA